AUGUAUCUGGCCCUCCUCGCUCUUCCUACCACAUCCCCUCUGCUUGUGGUCACCCUCAUCAUUGUCGGCUACCUCUUCUCCGUCCGCUACUUUCGGUACACCUGGCAGCGUGAGACCGAGGACAUGCCACUCGCACGGUAUCGGGCCAUGGGUCGACUGGUGGCGCUGUAUGACAUGCCCACCAUUUCCCGAACUGCAUCCACCUUUGGCUUUUUUAUACCUACGCCGUUCCCUGAGUUCAAGAUCAAUGGACAGAAGCGGUAUGACGAUACGGAGCUGCUGCUGGCUGAAAUGGUUGAGCGAUGCGUGGAGGUUGGUCGAUCAGAGGCUGCUAUCGCCAGGCUCAACGUCAUCCACGGCGCGUACAACAUCUCUGAUGAUGACUACUUGUUCACGCUGACUUUGUUUGUCGUCCCGGCUGUGCAAUGGGUUGCGCGAUGGGGCUGGCGCCCCUUUACCGCUAAAGAGGCCGAUGCCAUCGCGCUGGCCUGGUCCGAGCUCGGCGCCAACAUGGGCAUGCCUGCUCAUCGCCUCCCGCUCGACUACGCGGGUUACCUUCAGAUGUUCAACGAGUACACGUCGCCAGACUCGCCCCACUACCGCAUCCGCCCGUCAGCAGCCGGCGCCGCUGUCACCCGCGACUCGCUCGAGACUGUCUACACUUGGGUGCCAGCAGCGGUUGUCCCGCUCCUCCGCCCAGCCCUCACCUGGCUCAUCCGCGGCUGCCUGCCAAGCGACGUCACGGCCGCCAUUGGCCUCGCUCCGGCGGGCCCAACGCAUCGCGCGCUCAUAUCGGGCUUCCUGCACCUCCGCGCCUUUAUCAUCCGCCACGCUUGUCUGCCGCGUCCGUCGUGGUGGCCGUACGUGGUGACCAGUGGUAAGGUGCUGCCGUCAGGCGCACGCGCUGCCCCGUGCUCGAGGUCCUACCGCGCUACCGGCUACUGCAUCGGAUCGCUGGGCCCGGCCAAGUUUGCAGCGGCUCCAACGUCCGAGGCGCAUCCACCGACUAUCCACGCCGCCAAUGUGGCGGCGUGGAUGGCCCGCCGCGACGCACACUACGGCUGGUGA